AUGCAGCGCAUAAAGCACACUCUCAUCUUCAUCAAUGAGCAGACGUAUCAGUUCGAAAGCAUGUACGGUAUGGUUCACAUAGAUGAAAAGUGGCUUAACGAGAACAUCGAUGAGCGUACCUUCUUGAUUCUCCCCGACGAAGAACUGCCAGAGUGUCACCGCCGAAGCAAAGCGAUUCGUCCCCAAGACGAUGUUUCUGGCUUGGGCUUUGCUGUCAGUUCGGAGCGGUUGUACGGCGUCCGCCCUAAGUUUCCUUUGAUUCUACAUUUAGGUGCCCCAUCGGCGAUUCCAAGUGUUACACUCUCCCUGUAG